CAUUGCAAUUGCAUUUCAAAACGCACAAUUUUUAUAUUGUCUAUGGAUUGACAAUGACAUGGAUGACAUUUGACAUGAGUCAAUGGUGUGCGCAAACUACGGCAUGUACUGUAGUUCGGUUUUGACAGAAUUUGCUGAAUUAAAAUUAUAACAAUGGGUAACACAUGGGGCGUAUACGUACAUCCCGAAGUAAAUCCUCAUCCUGAUAAGGGAAUAACUUUCGAUCCAUUAUUGGGAUUUGAAUCUGGAAGAAAACCAAGAGAAAUGUUGGUAACAAAGGAAGAAUUAAUGUCUGCAAAAGUACCAUUAGAAAAUCGAGACUAUUGUGCGCACAAACUUCUAAAAUUAUUAUCUUGUCAAGAUGAUGUUUGGCCAUUUGUUUAUAAAUGUUCCCACGAUAAACAUGAAUACAUGAAUUGCCAAUACGAAGAUCAUGUUUUGCGUAUGAAGGAAUAUGAGAGAGAGCGCCGACUCCUUGUGCGUCAACAGAAAUUGGCACAACAAGUUGGUUAAGCAAUUUUAAUAUGUUAGUAAUUUUUAAUGAAAUCUCUAAGAAC